AUGCAAGUCAAAGACGAUAAUGAAAGGGAUAGCAGCGUCACAGAAGAAGUAUCAGUGUACCUGCCUUCUGGCACACCUCACACUUGUUUCCAUGGAAAAGUGCAGGAGCAGGACGAUGUAGGGAAACGCCCGUCAACCGAAAUAGGAAAGGUUCCGGAUACACAAAUGACGGCGCCAAUCGCUUCAGCGUGGAAAAUCAUUCCAACGUUCGAAUCAAAAUCGAUACAGAGAACUCUUGAUUUCUAUGUCGACUUUCUUGGAUUCGAAUUGGGCGGGGUAAAGCCAGAGGACGGGCCGUCUUCAGAUUAUACUUUUUGCUCGAUCUUUGCAGGGGAUAAAGCAGCAGCCAAUAUCUACUUCUUCAAACCUGAUGGUGAUGUCAAACCAGGGUCGGUAUAUAUCGCAUUGGGUACAGAGCAGUUGGACAUGCUGCAUGAUACUGUCAAGGGUCAGAGAAGCGAUGUAAUUGAAGAAGCGAUUGAAGAUAAGCCGUGGGGUUUUCGGCAGUUCGCUAUCAAAGAUCCUGAUGGGAAUACGUUGACAUUCUUCAAGUUUCUAGAGGGCGGCAAUCCAGGCACGGAAUAA